AUGACAACUCUCUUAGAAAAAAUUUCAAAUAUUCUGGAUUGUAAUAAGGAUAAUGUUAAACAACGGUUAACUAUUAAAUGUGAUAGAGACCGCAUCCUUGAUGAAAUUAGAGGAAAGGUUUUGAAAACUUCCUAUUUCGACAGAAAUAGAAAUAUACAGAAAAUUUAUUGUGAUGGUUUAACUACACUUGGUUCUCAUCAAUUAAUGGCGUACGGAAAUCUUCGAAAGCCUUUUAACAUUUCUGUCAGCGCUUAUUUUCACGCCAGACAUAAGAUAUUACUAAAAUAUCCAUUUCAUCAAUGCGUUCACUUUAAAGACUGCUAUUAUCCUUUGGAAUUGCUUACUUUAGUAGUCGAGGAUUUUGACGAUCCCGAUUCUGAUUGUCCAUUUACUAUGAAAAAUCUUCGGAAAAAAGCUUCAUCUUCUUCGGAAUCAGUGAAAUCCAUAGAAACUAUUUCGUCAGAUUCAACUAUUCAGGAUUGUAGUUCAUCAGAAACACUGCCCGUGGAUAUAAAAGACGUCAAGAGAGGAAUUCUCUUGUUGUAUGUUGAGGAUAAGAAUUUAUGGGAAAAACACGAUAUUUCUUUAUUUAUCAAAGUAAAAUAG